AUAAUGUCUUUUCUUACCGAUUCUUGGAAAUUUUUGUUAAUGUAUUAGCAGAUCAAUUAAUUCGGUUCUCUGCCAGUUCUUUUUUCAAAGUUGAACAAUUACGUGUAAUGACUCAAGAAACAAAUAUUCGUUCAACACUUUUUGAAAUAUUGGUUUCUUGCUCUAAAGAAUUUGCUACACGUGCGAUCAAGGUUAAAGAUAUGCAAAAGAAAGAUAUUAGAAAAGAAAAUAACCAAGAAGUUGAUCCAGCACGAGCUGGAAACAUAGUUCAAUGGGAUGACUCUAAUCAUUUUGUUAUGUUUUUUAUGCAAAUUCCAGAUUCUGUAUGCGCUCUUUAUCAAGAAAAAAGUAAACUACCUGAAAAUAUUGAAAAUUUAUUGAGAAGUCAAAAUGCCGAAUUACAAGACUAUUGCAAAAUGAAACCAGAAAUUUUAUUGGAACAACUGGAACGACUUACAAGAAGAAAGAUGCACAAGUUAAGAUACUUACCUGAAUACACGUUAACAAUAGAGAAUCUCUUCAAGAUGGUAAUGAUUUUAUUGAGAUCACGUGCAAAUAUUCCAGUAGUUCUUUGUGGUGAAGCUGGUUGUGGCAAGACCAGUUUAAUCAGUUUCUUGUCAAUGGUGAUGGAAGUCAAUUUUCGAGCAUUAAAUCUCCAUGCGGGAGUUCAUGAGAGUGAUAUUCUAUAUUUUAUGGAAAAUGCUACAGCACUUGCAGCAGAAGGUGAAACUUGGAUUUUCUUUGAUGAAAUAAAUACUUGUAACCAUAUUGGAAUGCUUGGAACUUUGAUUUCACGUAGACUUCUCAAUGAAAAAAAAAUACAUCCAAAUAUCAGAUUAUUCGCUGCUUGCAAUCCUUAUCGAUUGAAAACUAAAACGCAAAGUAAUAUAGGCUUAUCAGCAAAAUUAUACGAAGAAAAAAGAAAAUUGGUUUACCAAGUACAUCCGAUGCCUGAUCAAAUAUUAGAUUAUGUCUGGGACUAUGGCCAUCUCAAAGCAAAUGAUGAACGAAAUUACAUCGAGAUUAUGGUGAAAACUCAAUUAAACCAUCCAUUUUUUACUGAAUUAUUAUGCGCAUCACAAGCAUUUAUUCGUAGAGUUGAAGAGCCAUUUAACGUUAGUCUAAGAGAUGUGAAACGUGCUAUCAAACUUUUCAAAUUUUUUAAAUAUACAUGUGGUAAAUUUAAUUAUGUGCAAAUUAAUAACGAAAACAUACCUCUAGAAACUCGUUCAUUGAUAUUGGCACUUAGUUUAUGUUACCUUUUUAGACUCCAUGAACAAUCUCAACGUAAAGAAUACCGAAAAGAAAUGAUUAACAUUAUAGAAAAACAUCAAAAAAUUUAUGAACCUCGAAACCGAAAUGAACAAUUCAAAGAUAUUUUUGAAAUUAUCCUUUCACAAGAACAAGAAAAUUAUUUUAAGCGUAUGCGGUUUCCCGAAGGAAUUGCAACGAAUGAAGCUCUUUUGGAAAAUAUACUUGUAAUGAUCGUGUGCAUACAAACACGAAUACCAGUUUUCAUUAUUGGCACUCCGGGAAGCAUGAAUUUUCGAGGAGCGGAUUCAAAUGAUCCUUACUUUCGAACCUUGCCUCAAGUCUAUAUGAUACCUUAUCAAUGUUCAAGUUCGUCAACUUCUGAAGGGAUUAUGAAAGCUUUUGUAACUGCUCUAAAUUACCAACAAAUUAAUUCCAAUGAAAAUCCUGUUACAGCUGUUGUUCUUUUGGAUGGAGUUGGUCUUGCAGAUACUAACCCACAUAAUCCAUUGAAAGUACUUCACGCUUUAUUGGAGCCACCACUUGGUUCCCAACCGGCAGUUCCUGUUAUUGGAAUCAGCGAUUGGAGAUUAGACAAUAGCAAAUCCAGUCGUGCAUUAUUAGUUCAACGUCCCCAUUUUGCAGAAAAUGAUCUGGUUGACACCGCCAAAAGUUUACUUGGGAAUAAUAUUAAAGGAAUUUGUAAUAUUGAUGAUUUUUUGAUAAAGCUUGCAAAAUCAUACCUUGAUUAUGUAAAAAAUCAAAAAUAUCCAAAUUUUCAUGGUCUUCGAGACUAUUAUUCUUUAGUAAAGUGCAUAAGAAGCAUGAAGGACAAGGAGGAGCCUACAAAUGAGACUUUGUCAAGGAUGAGUUCUAGUUUAAGUGCACGUGGUGGAAAUCAUGUAAGUUAUGAAGUCGUGGAGGUCGCGGAUGAAGUAGAGACCGCGGUCGUAGUGGAAAUAAUUUAG